CGCUAGUUUUGCGGAUGUAAUUGGCAGGAUCGAAGCCAAUGUGAGGGCAAUGGGCGGGACCGCACGACGUCCGCGAAAGGGGUGUAGACGGGGUAGGAUACGCAGGAAGGAGAAGCUGGCUGCUGGUGGUGAAGAUGGCGGAUGGAGACAGCGGGAGCGAGCGCGGUGGAAGCAGUGGAGGCGGGGGUGGCAGCGGCUUCCAGCAUUUCCAGAGGGAACAGGAGACCCAGGAGCUGGCGUCCAAAAGGCUCGACAUCCAGAACAAGCGCUUCUACCUUGACGUGAAGCAGAAUUCGAAGGGCAGGUUCAUCAAGAUAGCGGAGGUCGGAGCCGGGGGCUCCAAGAGCCGCCUGACCCUCUCCAUGUCCGUGGCGGCCGAGUUCCGCGACUAUCUUGGGGACUUCAUUGAACACUACGCCCAGCUUGGGCCGAGCAGCCCGGAGCAGAUCGCGCAGUCCUCAGGGGGCGAGGACGGCGGGCCGCGGCGGGCCCUGAAGAGCGAGUUCUUGGUCCGAGAGAAUCGAAAAUACUACCUCGAUCUGAAGGAGAACCAGCGGGGAAGGUUUCUCCGGAUCCGACAGACGAUCAAUCGCGGGCCCGGCUUCGGGGUAGGGGGCCCCGGAGGCGGCAUGCAGGCCGGCCAGACGAUCGCGCUGCCGGCGCAGGGCUUGAUAGAGUUCCGAGACGCCCUGGCCAAGCUGAUAGAUGAUUAUGGCGGAGAUGACGAGGAGCUGACAGGCGGCGCCGCCGCCGGGGGCUACGGCGAGCUCCCGGAGGGCACAUCGAUCAUGGUGGACUCCAAGCGCUUCUUCUUUGAUGUCGGGUCCAACAAAUACGGCGUGUUCCUGAGAGUCAGUGAGGUGAAGCCGAGCUACAGGAACUCCAUCACGAUUCCCUUCAAAGCGUGGGGCAAGUUCGGCGGCGCCUUUUGCCGGUACGCCGAAGAGAUGAAGGAGAUCCAGGAGAGGCAGAGGGAUAAAAUGUACGAGCGGAGAGAGGAGUCGGAAGGGGAGGACGUGGACGACGACUGACUGCAGCUUACCAGCUCAUUAGAGAAAUAAAAUGUACAAAAAAAGAGAAAAAUCCGCGGAAGUCCACCACGUUAGAGUAAUGUUUCCGAAAUGCAGAAAUGACAUAAUGUGCAUGACAAAUCGAACAUUUAAUAAUACAGACAGGGAUGCAUUGUUUUAAAAACAGAGUUAUAUAAAUGUUUUUUGGACAUAGAUUGGUUAAAGAGACGAGUAUCUAUAACUUAGGACAUGUCCCAUCAUAUCCCAUGGGUUUGUCCUCCAAGCAAAUCGAUCAACUCGCAAAUGACGCAUUUAGUUGUUACUUUUUCUCCGAGAAAAAAUAUUUUAAGUACUUAAAACCUGGAUAUUGAUUCUAAACAAAUAUUUGGUAGUCUAGUUAAGUGAUGCCCUCGAUGAACGGUGUGAAAUAACCAGCAUUCAUUGUAUUACCAUUAUUAGCGAGGUUUGUCCUGAGCAGAACAAGUUUGUAAUGAUCGCAUCUACAAGGACUUUCCGGCUGUCCUUUACUGGAACAGCAGUUAAAUGUUUCUAACAUCUGUCACUAACCAGAGAAUUCAGCGACAAAUACAGUAGGUAAACAUGAGACCAAUUUGGUUGGAGGGGAUAAAUGAAAUAGGCACUAACAGGUUCCAACUUUGUUGCAAUAGCUCUCGACGGCAAAGAUCGGUUGCAUAAACAGAUGUGGAAAUGCUUUAUGGGAUGAAGCGCUUGAUUUACGUUUUGCUUUCGAGUUUAAAGGAGGAUUUCGAUGCGUGAUCACAUACGAGUGACCGGCGUAGAUGAGGUUUCACCGAACGCCUGCAAAAUAGCUGCGAUGUCUGUAUGAAGUACAGACCAUGUGUUUCAGAGUCGUUUUAACGCUGCUGGGACGUAAAAGAAUUACUGAUGGGAGGGAGAAGAGCGAAGCAACACGUGUCCUGCACCCCCCCCCCCCCCGUGCGGACACCCGGAGCAACAUCACGACUCUUCAAGUUUAUAAGAACUUACUACUGGAUGUGUGCUUUCACUUUUUUUUUUUUUUUGGGGAGGGGGGCGUCAUCUAAGGGGAGUAACAGAUCAACAGAUAUAAGGACCUUGAUAUAAGGUAACAUCAGUCAUUCUUUUACUUCGAAGUGUUUUAGCGACUGAUCAGUUUGAAUCAAUGGAAUAAAAUCCCAGUGUGGGACUGCAACGCGCCUUCUGUUGGACAGAUGGAUGAAUGAGUUAAAAAAAAAAAGCAAACGCUGAAAGAUUAUAGUUAAGAACUGAGCAAACCAGCAUAACAUAUUUUUAAAUACUUAAAUGGAAAAUAUAUAAAUCAUAGAAUUAUAAGAGAUUGCAUAACAGGCUUAUUUGAUAAAUUAAGCUUGGAUACAAAGUUUGUCUAUGUGGAUUUUUUUUUUUAUAUAUAUAUAUUCUGUAAGGUCGUCUUUUGUUUCAAAGAUAGUAUGGAGGCCUGUGCUUCGAAAUAAAUCCGAUGUUUUGAUAGAGACAGCAAUUUCUAAUUUUCCCCUUUUCCUUUGAUUUCAUGCUGUCCUAAUGGGCUUCUGCCUGUGUGACCCCCCCUCUUUUAAAGGAAUGUUCCGCUCUGUCGUGUUAGUUUGCUGCAGGAUGGCUGCAGGGCGAACAGCGGCACGCCGGUGGAUGUGUUCAGGGGCUCCUUCAAGUCCUUUGAAUUGUGCAUGCUUAUUCAUGUUUUCAGCUGCCUCGUGUUAAUUUAUUGCUUAUUCUGAUUUACUGUAUGUCAGAUUAUUAAUCACCUGUGGGAAAGAUUUUGGCUUUUGUAAAAAAAAAAGAGAGGAAUUGGAGUGAGGAAAACAUUUGUGGGUCGCAGCUGCUCCUUGAGAUGUAGAAAUCUGUACCCCCUGUCCAAAUUGAGACCUUCCCUGCUUCUAGGGCUGUGUGUAUAAUCCUUCAGUCUUUAAUUUCUUUUUUUUUCUCUCACACUUCUGCAUAAAAGCAUUUCUUUCAGGCCAUUUGGGAGCAAUAGUGUGUGAACACUCUCACAGUUACCAAGCUGAGUACACCUGUGUUUCUCUGCUGUUGUGUAAAUGGCAGCUGUUCCUCCUAAGCGCUACUGUACGUUUCUGCCUGGUUCCUUUAAGCAAUUACAUUUUUAUUUUUGCCGAGAAGAAACCGUCUGAGCUGGUCAGUGGAAAGAAUUUGGAUGUGGAAGAGGAGACCUGAAAGACAAAUAAAAUGGAGAUGCGCGUGAAAUGAACACGUUUCGUUUCGGUUCCACGGAGUUUCAGAAACGCAGCCAAAAUGGCUGCCCGGGGUGUUGGGGGAGGUUCGUUGUCGUCCAAAACUGUGUUUAGCGUUUUUGCUGCAUAAGAAACAGGGCAGUUAAGGUGAGACUGCACGCUUUAGCUCUUAAUCGGGCUCCGGGGCGGUUGGACGGUGCUCUUGUUACUGUCAGUCGGAGGAUUGGGUUGCCUUUGUCGCUGCUGAGGGACGCGGGAUGCAGACUGUCUCGCAGACCUCGCCGGUGAUGGCAGUAGUUGAUUAUGCGACGCAUGUGGGUGAUGUGGCUCCUGUACUUUCACACACAGUUAUGCUAACUCCUAAGUCCUUCACCGACUGAUGGAAACUUCCGUAACCUCUACUCAGCUUCGCGGGUCUUAAAUGCAGUUUUUUCUUAACAAGGUUAUGGAGGCAAGUAAGUGACCUUGUCAGGGUGUAUGGAUGGGCUGUAAGAGGGAACUGGUACAAACGGGUAUCACUCGUCAUAAAAGGUUUGAUGGGCGAAAGUAACUUAUCAUGAUUGUGAUUUGGUGUACAGGGGCUUUCUUCUCUAUUCAUGGAAACAUGGUGGACAUCUGAAAUAGGAAGGUACUUUAAAAUCAUUGUUUUGUCAGUUUUCUCUGUGGCUGUUGGUCAUCAGCUGUUCUUCAGCAUGCUGUUCUCUUACACCUUGGUAAAAUCAUGUCUCACAGACAGAGGGACGCUUGUAAGGGUGACUCAGCAUGAACAGCUGUGGGCUGCACACUAGGUCACAGCCCACCUCCCUCCGUCAGCUGUCGUGGUGCCCCAGAAUGGUUUUUUUUUUCUUUUUUUAGGGGAGGGGUGUAUUGGUGUGUAAUUGGCCCAUGAGGGUGGGAGAGAAUAAGAGGUGAUGAUGUUAGUGAAGGUGGAUCUAAGUCACGUGUAAGACUCAUUGCUGGCUGGGAUGUGUUGGUGGGAGGGCGGUGGGAGGCCGGUGAUGACAGCUGGCUGGGGAGGGCCAGUCACACAGCUGCGCUGCUGUUGCUGCGCUGCUGUUGCUGCGGAUGGACAGGAAGGGCCAGGCUGGGCUGGACCGUCAAGCUCCUGGGGAGCUGCGUUCCGGUCGGACGCUCGGAACUGGUGUCACGCGACUGUAAGGCUGAGUCAAUGGCAGCUUUUCUUUUCUCAGAAUUGGCAGCAUAGUGUCAAAUUGGAUUCGGAGAAUUAGUCCCAUUCGCGUCCUGUUUGCAGGACGGGAGGUCAGACAGACUGUCAGGUUAUUUCGCCCCUCCCUCACUGCCGAAAUUGUGUCCGAUUACUUGGCUCUGUGCUGAGUCUACCCAUGCGAUCUGUCUCGCUAUGAAAUCCGGGCCCCUGUUACUCCUGCGUCGCCUUGGGGGCUCCCCAGUACGACUGACCCACUGCUGCCAGUCUGCUUGAAAAUGCCACAAACUGAGAACUGAUGGGGAAAGAAAAAUGCAUAACAGUAACAGGAAGUCAAAACUAUUUGAAAAUGACGUUUCCCUGGCAAGGACAGGAUGUUUGUCCAUGAGAGAGUGUCCAUCUUUGUGGUUGAGAGGGAUGUAACCAGAUUCCUUCUCAGUUUUCACAUCUAGUGUAGGAAUUAAUCAAGUCCUGCAUCUGUCGCAACGUAGAGGAAUUUUUUUCAGUGUCUAGAACUUUGAGGGAAAGUCUGUUAGCUAUAAAUCCGUGGGUUUUUGCUGGACUUGUGGGUCCUUAAUUCACAGCCCGCUUUUCUCUAACCUGGAUUUUGUGCUACAUGGAGAAACAAACCUAAAGAAUUUUUUGCUGAUAAUCUUGCAAUCAUUUGAGUGUCUUUUGGUCCAUUGCAGAAGAAUUCUUUCUGAAACUCAGGCAGGAUUAUGUCCUUGAUGGGGGGAAAUGCAUGGAGAGGGGUGAAUUUAGAUUGAAUUUGUUUUUAAGUGUUUUAAUCCAACGGGCACAUUUUACCUGUAGGGUGAUACACGUCUGCGAUCCUGCAGACGAUAUGCGAGUGUUUUUUACCUGACAGCUUAGACGCUGCGAUAAUCGUCAGCAGUCAGUGGGCUCCAUACAGAUCACUAUAUUUUUAAGCAUAAAGUGUAAUGGUGCUAACCGUUAGCAUAUUGCUUACAUCUGCGUGAUAUACUUUUAAAAAUACAUUUUAAUCUUCAGGCACAGUUUUAAUAAAAAUGGGAGAGGAUUUCUCUCUGAAAUAGCGUCGGUCAUUUGUCGUCAACAAGAUGGCCGCACGCAAGGAACUGCUGCCUUUCUGGUCCACAUGCGCUCACUGCAGAUGACAUUCCCAAACGGCAGCUCCAAUACCACAAGACCUCCGAGUGGGGCAGGAGAGCUCAGGCCUGCACGGCCCACAGGGUGGGGCCGAGUUGGGAUGGGAUUUGGGUUCCCCCUGUGGACCCUCUGACACAACCUACCAUGCUGCACAGCUGCAUUCUGACAAAAUGAGCUACCUCCUACAGUGAGCUUCCCCUGAAUUCAACCCACACUAAACAAUCAAACGUCCCAAAUUCCAGCCCCCUACAAUGAACAGGAACAUCUCUGAAGGAAUAAUGUAAUUUCUUAGGUCACUAUCGGUUUUUAAUCGCUGGUUCUGAUGAUGCGAUAAGCUACCUUGGUCAUUGCUCAUCCCGAACAGGUAGCUCAGCGUGUCAGACAGCCAGCUAUCUACCCCUUCUUAUGCUUUUAUUUUACUGUUUUUUUUCCAAAUAGAGUUUUACAAGUCUAUAUUUAGAAAAUGUAAUGUAUGUUUGUAUCAAAUAAAGAAACCUAUGAUUAAUGAAAAUGA